AUGUCCCAGUCAAUGUGGGCUCAGAGCUCCCCGUCAGCGUUGAGCUCACCUACUAGUAGUAAAGGUACUAAAGGGCUUCAAGAUGUGUUCAAGGAAUAUCACCCUCCAAAUGGUCGCAUGUGGGCACCUCACUUUCCAGUAUACGGCAGAUCAGGAAAUGGAUUUCCAAACGAUGGUACAUCAGAUUACCGCAAUGUCAUAUUCCAGAUGCUUAUGCACUGUCCCCCAUUUAUCAACUGGCUCGAGAACUACAUGCUGGAGCAUAUUGGAGUCAAUCAGGACGAUUUACUACCAGAAAGUCAAAGUCAAGUUGGACUCAUUCCCAUUGAUGAUUUGAUUUGUCGAACUCGAGGCGAGGAGUGUUACUUAUGCUCAAUCUGGACAAUUUACGCUACUUACUGGACCGAACGUCCGUCGAAAGAUCCUUGGUUCAUGAAUGAGGACUUGUCUGAGGAUCAUUACAGAACUCUUUUCAAUAACAUGUGGGAUAGGAUCUUUGCCGAAUGGAGUGAGACUGAAGAUCAUGUUGAUGGACAACAGGAUCCUGCAGAGUUUUGGCCGGUUCUUGUUAACAUAUUGCGUGCUGAAAUCGAUCCACAGAGUCUGAAAGCUAUAAACCAAUUUGAUCGAAUUUUUGAUCUCCCAAUGCUUUCCAAGUGCGCGUGUCAAGGCUCUGGGGCUUGUAGUGAACCUCACUAUGUAGAGCACCAGGAGUCGAUGUUGCGCGUGGAUUUUCCUCUUCAUUCUAACAAAGCCGGAUAUAAGUUCUCCGUGCAAGGGGCACUCAACGAGUUUUUUAGUCGCAAAAUUGAAGUCACUGGCAAGUGUGAGGCUUGCAAGAAUCGUGGACAGCAGACGGAAGUUAUCGCAUUUCCACCCGAGGUUCUCUUUGUGCAAGUCAACCGAAUGAUCCAGGACAAUGAUGAGCCAAAGAAGAGCUUACGGCAAAUCCAACUUGUGGAGAAGCUAGAGUUCGAUGUUGAGCAUUUUGAUCCACGCUUAAACUUGACUACUGAAAACGCAAGGUGUCAUUAUGAACUGUUUUGGGUGGCGAUGCACCGGGGUGAGAGCCUCCAAGAAGGUCACUAUGAUUGUUAUGCCAAGGGACGCAAGCAGUGGUCGAUGUUUGAUGAUGAUCAAAGCUGGCCAAUCGACAAGUAUGAGGACUUUGCACAUACUAGAGACGCCGAGCAGCAGGCUUACAUUUUGGGAUAUCGUCGAUAUAUCCCCGAAAAUCGACAAAGUCACCCGACAAUUGUUUUCAAUCCAGAUGGCAUGCGAGAAGACCCAAUGGACUUGGAUGUACCUGAAACUGAGAAUUUGACCGAAGAGGAGAAACAAGAGAGAGAGAUGCUGAACCUGUCACAUUGGACCGCACAGGACUUCGAAAGGGCAAAGAGGCUGAUGAUCACGUUUACUGAUGUCGAUGGAUCAUUUACUCGGUCUGUUGAUCUCGUCGGCUUCGCAAUAGAUCCACUCAAAAAGAGAGCAAUGCAUCUGAUAGGGUUCCCCAGUUCGACAACCGGCACUUUGGAGUUGACCUUGUUUGAUAGGGACAACCAUAUAAUUGAGAGCUGCUCAAUGGAUGGGUACUUAAAAGAUGAGGGGACCGAGAAGCGGCGUCGAGACCACAUAAGGGCUGGAAUUAUUGCUGAUCGGAAGCGUCGACUCGGAUUGAUGACACCUGACGAGAAGUCCAAUGUGAAGAAGCCUGCGAACAAUAGACCCCUAGGAAUGAGGACGCUUGCCGAUCCUUCCCAAACGAGACCAUUUGAUAUUAAAGAUAUUAUUCUGGCUCAUAGGCCCAAGACUGAGGCCCAACAGAGAGAGCAAAUGGAGAAGGAAAAGCAGGAGAAAGAAGAGAAGGAGAAGAAAGAAAAGGAGGGAAAGGAGAAGGAGGAUAAGAAGAAAGAGGGAGAGGCAAAGACAGGGAAGGAGAGUAGAAGGAGCAGCUUAAAGCAGAGCGCGGACAAGUUGAAGGAUAAGAUAAGAGAGGUUUUGAAGCCAAAGGAUUCAGGAGUGAAGAAGAAUGGAAAAGAGAAGAAGGAUAAGAAGGAUAAGAAAAAGAACAAGAAGAAGCAUAAGAAGAAGAAUGGGAAGAAGUCCAAGGAUGGUGACUCUUCUUCCCAUAGUGAAAUGUCAGAAGGCUGA